UGUGUUGUGGGAGGAUGCAAUGCUAGUUUUGCUUCCCAGAGUGGACUGGCUCGGCAUGUACCAACGCACUUCAGUCAGCAGAAUUCUUCAAAAGUUACCAACCAGCCAAAGGCAAAAGAAGAGUCUCCUUCUAAAGCUGGAAUGAACAAAAGAAAGAAGCUAAAGAACAAGCGGAGACGCUCCUUACGGCUGGUGCCAGACUGUGCUGGGGAACUCUUAACCACUGACAAGAGAAUAGGAGUGGUCACACGUCAUGGUAAUGGCUAAAAGGAAAGAGGACUCUGGAAAAGUUAAGUUGCUACUUCACUGGACUCCAGAAGAUAUUCUUCCUGAUGUGUGGGUCAAUGAAAGUGAAAGGCAUCAAUUAAAAACUAAAGUAGUUCAUUUAUCAAAACUACCAAAAGAUACAGCUUUGCUUCUGGACCCAAACAUUUACAGAAAGUCUAGUAAAGGAGGUACAUUCAAUGGAAUCCUGAAAGAUCACUUCUCUUAAGAUCACAUGCUGGUUUGUAUACCAAUUUUUUAAAGUCCAAAUUUAU